AUGUCACGCAAUUCCGGAGUAUACCUUGUAUCCGCCAAGCGGUCAGAGCCGUACAUGGUGUAUGAGAACAAUGGUGUAGACUCAUCGGUUACUAUGGAGGGCAAGGAGCCUCUCGAGGUCUACGAAGAGGAGGAAGACAAUCCCUUCUACGGAAUGAACAAGGAGGAGUUGCUGGUGAUUUCGUCCCGUCCAUUGUGGAGACGACUGAGAGCCGCGUGUAUUGGUUUAGUAAUCUUUUCCUGGCUAGCCCUACUGGUGGCCGUGGUAGCCCUCGUGUUAAUGUACCCAAAGUGCAAGGCGGCUGAAGAGAGGAGUUGGUUGCAAAAUGAUGUAAUAUACCGGAUAUACGUCAGAAGCUUCAAAGAUUCUGACGGUGACGGAAUCGGGGAUCUUACAGGUGUGGAGCAGCAGCUUGAUUACAUCCAGUCUCUAGGCGUCAACACGAUUUCCCUCAGCCCAGUAUUUGAAACUGAUGCUUCAGAUGACUUUAGUGUUAUCAAUAGUCUUCGUGUCAAUCCUGAACUGGGAACAAUGGAAAACCUAACGUCCCUCAUCACAAAGGUUAAGGAUAAAGGAAUGCGAAUCCUUCUGGAUUUUAUACCAAAUCAGACGAGUAAAAACCACCAGUGGUUCAUAAGCAGUGCUAACUCCAGUGCCUACAGUAAUACACACCGUAAUUUCUAUGUCUGGUCUUCUUAUACCAACAACUGGCGAACUCUAAGUGGGGAUGUGGCAUGGACGUUGGAUGCCACACGGAACGAGAGCUACUUGCACCAAUUUUCAACCUUGCAGCCCGACCUUAAUCUCCGAAGUGGGCGUGUCCAGGAGGAACUCAAGGCAAUUCUAGAGUUCUGGUUGAGAAAGGGUGUUGAUGGAUUUUACGUACGGGACAGUGCCUUUCUGUUUGAGGAUUAUGACUUAAGGAACGAGUUGUCAAAUGGAGGUGCGAGCGCGAAUGAAUAUCAGAAUCUUGUCCACGAGUACACAUUCGCACAGCCAGGCGUUUUCGACAUGUUAUCCAGAUGGCGGGCUCUGGUCAGCCUAAAUGACAGCGUCUUGAUAGCAAAUAUGCCAACAAAUGAUGUUACAGUUGCCAUGCCGCCAAACGCUGUAGACCUCUCACUCGACCCACAUUUCUUUGAAAAAACGGGAAGUUGCGACGGUGCAUGCGUCAAGACUUACGUCGAUUCCUGGAUGUCAGGUGUAUCAGGAGGAAGAUGGCCCAGUUGGAUGGCCGGGGAUGAAAAUGUGGACCGUUUUGCAUCUAGAUUCAACGGCAGUUAUAUCCGCGCAUACUAUAUGUUGACAAUGCUACUUCCGGGAACUCCAGUUCUCUACUACGGAGAUGAGAUCAUGUUAAAAAAUAACCCUGCAGUUACAGCUACUUCCGGCAACAACAAGACCAUGCGUACGCUGAUGCAGUGGGAAAAUGCAACUGAUGGUGGCUUCUGUUCUGCUUCGACAUGCUCGACUCCAUGGAUACCGCCCAACGCAGACGCAUCCACCAAUAAUGUACAGAGCCAGGCAGCUAACUCGGAUUCCUUACUUGAGUAUAUUCGGAGCCUGAUAACUUUCCGGAAGCAGACUUCCUUCAGAGUUGGAAGUUACCAUUCCGCUCUAGUAGACAACAACAUUUUCUCCUACGUUCGAGAGUUUAAUGGAGAGAAGGGGUAUUUGAUCGCCAUCAACUUCGGCACGACUAGUCAAACUCGGAGUUACUUUGGCUACACUAGUGUGGAGAAGGAUGCUGAAGUAGCUAUGGUAUCUGGACCGGAUGUGGGAUUGGAAGUAGAAUCCGAGGUGACAACGGAUUCCAUCACGCUCGGCCCUAGCCAAGGCAUCGUGGUGUCCUGGGACUACUUAGCCAAGGAAGAAUUGUAGCUUGUCUGAAC